UUUAUCAUAUAUCAUAUACUCUUAAUUGUAGUGUAAUAUAGAAAUCAUUCAAUAUUGUUAAUUUUACAUGAAUUACGUUUUAAAUAUAUUUUGUUUGUGUUAAAUAUACGGACCAUUGUGCACUGUAAAAAUAUAAAAUACGGUGAAAUGCUGUCAGCUGUGGUUGCCAGAAUUCCACCGUAAAAAUGAUGAGAAAGGCAAUACGCUAUUGCCCCCCCUAUAAUUAAAUCAAAUAUAAUGUUAUACAGAAAUGGUAAAAAUUACAUACAGAUGCUGAAAGAAUAAGAAGAUCCUCGUGAAGAAUUGCAAAAUACAUUCAUAUGAGCAACUUAUUUCUAUGGGUUUCAUUCGUUAAUUGUUUUGCAUCAGUGAAUGUACUGUUUUGUUUCUGCUUUCUCUGAGAUGCAGGUGUGGCUCGACUCCUUGGGACGUUCAGGUGUUUCACACACAGGUAGGCCGACGGCGAGGAGUUUCCCCGGGGGUGUCAUCUCGGAAACAGAGCCAUCAUAAAUCUGACGUGCUGACGUGCAGAGAGCAUCAAGGGUCAAAACACACGGCGGGCCGCUGAGCUGUGGACAAAUAGUGCAGGAGCUGCUCCUCCCUCCUUCUUCAGGCACCGCACGCGUCCUAGUUUUUACUUUUUGUGUGUCACCUCAAGUUCAACACAACUUUUUGCAAAUGGGUGGCCUUGUUUCCCCCCUCCCCGCCCCCUCUUCUCAAAUUUAUCUUCACGCAGAGUUUAAGUUUGUGUCCUAGAAACUGCGUUGUGACAUGUGGACGGAUAUUAACACAGGCCUCAAGCUUUGGUCUCUUAAGGUUUUUGGACUUCUACGCUGUUUCUGGACCACAAUUAGAUUCAACUUUUGUUUCACCCUAAUCUGUUUUUAGAACAGGGUUAUAGAAAAAAAAAUGUAGUCUUGUUCUCUGUGACGACAGAAUCUAAUAAGUCAAAAAUCCUUGAAAGUGAAUGCCUUAAGCUGUGAGAGCGCCACAAAGCGCCAUUAAGAUGUCAGAGUGUACCACUGUCAGGGGAUUUCAUCAUUAGGAACAAUGGGAGGAAAGAAUAAUGUCAGUAUCUACUUAACAAAAAUCUUAAACACUUUGUGCGUGAAAAGAAAAUCCAGUAAAUCUCUGGAGAAUCAUUGAACAGGUACAGUUUUUUUUUUUUGCUUCAGCGAGCAUGUGGUAAAGCCCCCACAGUCCUCACACCUCCAGGCAUGAGAGUGACCCUUCGCCGUCACGAAUAGCUUCACUCGUUCACUCCCUCAGUCUCACCCGGCUCCCCAAAGAUAGAACAGCAAAGUCCUUGAACAAUGUUUUUCACAAUCCAAAAGCAGGAAAAAAAGCAAUCUGAGGCCACAGUGUCUUUGUUCUCAUGACAUUUUUACUCCCAAGAAUAAAACGUCGAGAACAAUGGUAAAUUGAGGGAUUUAACAUUGCAUUAUUCCCUGCAACGCUUUCGCACGUCCCAGAAGUAAAAGCCAGAAUGUAUGGUUAUGUUUUUUAUUGAAAGAGAAACAACAGACACUACAUUUAUCUCGACACUCUUAAUAAGUGUGCCUGUUGUUUUUGAAAGUGUAAAAUAAAACACACAGGACAUUCUUUAGAUAUAAAAGCCCUCAAAUUCCUACAGUUCUACAUAUAAAUGUGUCUGUUAUUUACAAAAAUCUAUUUAUUUAAAGUCGUUUAUUGCUCGUUUUGGACGUGCACUGCAUUUAGCAGCACUGCAUUUCCCACAAUGCCUCUGUGCCUUGCGCUCAGUUGAUGACGCUGAACAUGUGCGCGGUUAACCUUGUCACGGAUGCGGAGUGUUGUCAAACAAAAAGGAACCAUGUGACUGGAGGCCGGUGCCCCAGUAAGGCUACCAUCAACGGAAAGACCGUGGUCAUAACAGGAGCCAACACGGGCAUCGGGAAGGAGACGGCCCGAGAGCUGGCCAAGAGAGGAGGUCGAAUCAUUAUGGGAUGCCGGGACUUGGAGAAGUGCGAGUCGGCCGCAAAGGACAUACGAGGGAGCACCCUGAACCCCAACGUCUACGCGUGCCACCUCGACCUGGCCUCCGUGAAGUCCAUACGGGAGUUUGCAGAGAGAAUCAAACGAGAGGAGCGGCGUGUGGACGUGCUCAUAAACAACGCCGGGGUCAUGAGGUGUCCACCGGGGAAGACGGAAGACGGCUUCGACGUGCAGUUCGGAGUGAACCACUUAGGCCACUUUCUGCUGACAAACCUCCUGCUGGAUAAGUUGAAAGAGUCCGCGCCGAGCCGAGUGAUCAACCUGUCCUCACUCGCCCACAUCGUGGGAAAGAUCGACUUCGAGGACCUGAACUGGGAGAAGAGGAAGUUCGACACCAAGCAGGCGUACUGUCAGAGCAAGCUGGCCAACGUGCUUUUCACCAGAGAGCUCGCCAAGCGAUUACAAGGCACAGGAGUCACGGUGAACGCUGCGCACCCGGGUGUUGUCGCCACGGAGCUCGGGCGGCACACGGGUCUGCACCAGUCGCAGUUCUCCAGCUCCGUGCUCAGUCCCUUCUUCUCCAUGUUGGUAAAGAGCCCGGAGCUGGGGGCCCAGCCCAGCGUCUACCUGGCAGUGUCCGAGGAGAUGGAAGGGGUGACGGGAAGGUACUACGACGUGAUGAACGAAAAGGAACCGGCCGCCCGAGCCCUGGACGAGGAGGCAGCUCGCAGGUUGUGGGAGGCCAGCAGCCGGCUGGUGGGUCUGGAGGAGAAGGGACAACCCGACACUUCAAAGCCCCCCGCGGAAGUGCAGAGCAAAGCCCCACAGGCCGCCCACGAGCAGGGACGCGGGCAGAGGCCGGCCCCCGCUGCGGGGCUGUAGGCCGGCUGUGGCCUCGGGGGCCACCAGGGGGAUAAUGGACCUUUUAUAGCUUGAGCUGAGACCGGCUCGUGAAACAGUUAACCGUCUAUAGCCUGAAUGAAGUCUUUUGUACGAGCCUUGUUGUACCUGCCUCAGGAUAAAAAAACAAAAACAGGACUGAAUCAUUUAAAAGAAUAAAAAGAUACACUUGUUUCCUAACUAAUAACCACAAACUAUUACUCACUGCUGCAGCCCGACUGAAUGAAAACCAUUAGUCUAAGGUGGCCAAUGUUAAACCUUUUAAUAGAUAUUACAGCAUAACAAUGGAAGUCGGAAUGAGUCGGAUUGUCUACGACUCUCCCCCAUUAAUCAGUUAUUUAUUCUUACCUUCAUUUAUUUGUAUUAAUCCCAAAAACUUUUGAGCUGUAUUUGAGGUUUAUAAGCUCCCUAUAAAACAUGAAUAUUAAUAUGAGCUCUUUAAAAUCUUUAAAUCCAAAUCUCUUGAGGAAUUGUUUAUCCCUGCUGGAAUAUUCCAGACUUUAUCUU